GGUUACGGCCCGGCCACUCCUCUCUCGGCCGCCGGCAAAGCCUUUUGCGCCGCCUACGCCCCCGUGGGGGUCUCGGCCACCAUGGCCCUGCUGGCGGCCACCGCCCGCCGCCUGGGCAACCCCUUGGCCGAACGGCCCCGCCGCUACCUCCGGAGCCGCUGGGGCUUCAGCCGGCGCGGCGCCGCCCGCGCCCACCUCCUGGCGCUGCUGGGGGCCACGGCGGGGGGCCUGGUGCUCCUCCCCGCCGCCGCCUUCUGCCUCCUGGAAGGCUCUUGGACCUUCCUGGACGCCGUCUACUUCUGCGUCAUCUCCCUCUGCACCGUCGGCCUGGGCGACCUCGUGCCGGCCGAGGAGCCGCCGCCGCCGCGGCGGCCGGUGAGGCAGCUCUACCAGGUGGCUGUAGCCGUUUACCUCAUACUGGGCGUGACGGGCUUCCUGCUGCUGGCGCAGACCUUCCGCCACGUGGCCGAGCUCCACGGCCUCCCUGGGGCCGCCGCGCCGGACGACGGCGCCGACCCCGACGACGAAGGCGCCGCGUU